CACCAGUUAAAUCAGUUUCAUUACUGUAGCCACAGAAAGAGCACCUUCAGAUAUAACUCUCAAAGAUGGUUAAUCGGAACCUGAAACAUACUUAUUUGAUCAUCUUACUCAGCAUACUGCAGCAGUGUCAGCAAAUGAGAUGCAUUUCCAUUAUCAAUCAGCAGGCCACAGAAUCAUCAAUCGCACAGAUUCGCUGCGAUCGCAAUACAACUUGUCCCACAACGAUUCGAACAACCACCCCAUUGCCUUCAGUCAUACCACAAACUCCUAUUUGUAGACAAUCGGCCAGUGUCUCUGUGUUGACGCAACUUAUUGCGACUUCGUGUCAUGACUGCUCCAAUCCCAGCUGUUUAUCUUCCCCUGAAGGUGCAUCAUUUCCUUAUCCCAAUCAUUGUCAAUAUUUUUGGAAAUGUCAAUAUGGCAUGCCAACGAUUUGCUAUUGUCCAAAUGGUAUGUGGUUUGACCGUCAGCGUUCGAUGUGUGACUAUUGUCCCAAUGUUACGAAUUGUCCGGCGAAUGUAAACUGA